AUGGAGGAGGGUGGCGGCAGCAGCGGAAGGCCGGAGGACGCGGCGCCGCCGUGGAGGCCGAGCGAGGCCACGGCGUUCGGCCGUUUUGCGGCCGCCGCUGCUUCGCCGGAGGCGUCCCCGUCGGCCUCCGCCAAUGGGGUUACUGCCCGCGUCAGCAGCCUUCAUGGGGUCAAGCGGAAACCGUUUGUUGCACGAUUAACAGCAGGCAUCAUUCAGACAUAUCUACAAUGUGAUCCUGAGUUUAAGUACUCAGAGGUUCUAAAUCCAAAACGCUUCCUCACCAGUCCCUCUACCCCAGCCCACAAUGAUGGACUUGACAAUGCAAAUUGGGACCUCAUGUUGUACGUCAACUUGGAGUUGGUUAAUAAGAUGUCAAACAGAAGGUUUAUUGUCAAGGAAAUGCUUGGGCAGGGAACUUUUGGUCAAGUAGUUAAGUGCUGGGACACACAAACUAACGACUAUGUUGCUGUGAAGGUGAUAAAAAACCAGCCUGCAUUUUACCAUCAAGCUAUCAUGGAGGUUUCACUAUUAAGAACGUUAAAUCAGAAAUUUGAUCCUGAUGAUCAGCAUAACAUUGUCCGAAUGCUUGAUUAUCUGUCAUUUCAGAAUCAUUUGUGUAUAGCUUUUGAGAUGCUGGGUCAAAACCUGUAUGAACUGCUCAAAAGGAACCACUUAAGAGGUCUUAAACUGAAAUAUGUUCAAGCCUUCUCAAAACAGAUAUUGGAUGCCAUGGUUGUGAUGAGAGAAGCUGGAAUAAUUCAUUGUGAUCUGAAGCCAGAAAAUAUCCUGUUAGCUCCCAGUAUAUAUCCUGGCAAUGAGGCACCUACUGGUCUUUCUAGUGCAUACAGAAUUUUAAGUGAAGAAGAGGUUGAAGUGAGAGAUUCCAAAAGGCCAAAGAUGGGAAAGUGGUACUUCCCACACCUGAAGCUUGACAAACUCAUAUGUACCUAUCCUUGGAACAAUUCCGAACUGACAGAGACAGAAAAAACAGAUCGUUUGGGAUUAGUUGAUUUCUUGAAGGGACUCCUUGAAUUUGAUCCAAAUAAGCGAUGGUCACCAUUGCAGGCUCUAUAUCAUCCAUUCAUAACAGGCGAAUCAUUCACCAGUCCAUAUGAGCCUGUACCUGAGACUGCAAGAAUUCCUGUUGCUUGUGCUGCAGCAAUUGAUCACAAUCCUGGUGGGGGCCACUGGCUACAUUCAGGUCUUUCCCCACAGGUUGGAAGUGUGAACAGAUACCUACCUGUGAAUAAUGCCUACCCUCCAAAGGUUCCUUUUUCUUAUGGGAGUAGUUAUGGAAGCUAUGGUAGUCAUGGUAGCUAUACCGGUAAUCCUGGUUUUGGUAACAGCUACGGAAGCACUGGUGAUGUUAAUGCUAUCAAUAUGUAUUACUCACCCUUAGGUUCUUCUGGAUUAGCGCAAAUUGGCUCUAGUCCAGAUGUUAGAUUAAGGAUGCGUUUCCCGCAUGAUAGAGGAAUUCGAUUGAGUCCUGGUAGUCUUGGGCCGAUGUCUCUUGGAGCCAGUCCAUCGCAGUUUACGCCACCAAACUACCAGAUGCAAAUCCCAGCUAAUUCUACUGGGAAGCAUGGUUCCGGUUCUCCUGCGAGUGGAGGCAUUCAUGGUUCUCCAUUAGGAAAAGCUGCAGCAGUGGGCCCAUACAACAUGAGGAGGAAUUUGCCAAUGCCGCCACAUGAUUAUGUAUCUCAGCAUGGACAAGGGCGUUUUGGAGAUGGUGUCAGUUUCAGUCAUUCUGAUGCCUAUGCUCGAGGACAUACAGGCCACUCUCAUAAUGCAGCAGGACCUAGUUCUUGUCAUUCUGGUUGGAGACCACAAAUAGGUUCAAGGAGUGGUAUUUCCUUGGAGGCCUCGUCUAGUCAUGUGCCUUCACAGGCUCCGUCACAAUCAUUUGACUUUUCAGCUUCAUCAGAACUUGAUCCUGCUAAUUGGGACCCUAAUUAUAGUGAUGAGUCACUAUUGCAAGAAGACAAUUCACUGUCAGCUGAUCUAAGUAGCAAUCUCCACUUUGGAGAUGCAGGUGGCCAAGGGAGUGGAUCUAUCAGAUCAGCAAAUUUCCAAGGCCAUGUCUUUGCUGCAUCUAACCCUGUACCAACAAACCAAAGAGCAGAUCAAUUAUUUCAUGUGUCCUCUCAAGGAGUGAAUGCCCAUUCUAGUGUUCCCAUCAACUACGGUGGUUACAACCCUCCAAACUAUCCUCAGCAAAAUCUCCGUCCCCGUCAUGGACAGCCUAUUCUUCAUCAGCGAUAUAACCAGGCAACUUCCAGUCCAAUGCGGCCAAUGGGAAGCCAUCACAGUGGGCAGCCUGCAUGGCCUAGUAGUUUUGGCAUGGGCGAUGGAGUGCCCUGGGGUAAUCUAUCCACUCCUUUAUCUUAA